AUGAUGACAAUGGUCCGCCUACUGCCUUCACGAACAGAGGCUGGGAUUGAGGUGCCACGAGAAGUGGAUUCUUUUUUAUUCCGUGUAUCGAAAGUUGCUGCUGCUGAGUGUGGGUUGCGAGGUGGUGUAGCCGUUGCCUUGAUGACCUCUCGACUCCUCGUCGCCUUUGGUGUAGUCACCUCACUUUUGGGUGUUGAUGUAAGUGUUGGGCAUCGUUCCAGAGGUGGACAUUAA